AGACACCAAUGUUUUGUACAUGAAGGAAGGGAGCCAAGAAGCUUCAGUUGAGUUGCUAAUAUCAGUCUUGCAAUGGGAUGGCUGUUUGGCCAAAUCCUCCAAUAAUUCUGGUUGAGAUGGUCCAAUGGAGCACAGCAUUUCUCUAUGGAUUUCCCAGAAGCAUCUUUUAACAGUAUGACAAUUCACCACUGACCACGGACCUGUCAGAGCUGUUGAAGACCAUGGCCGACAGACAACCUAGAAGUUUUUCAUCCAAGACUUCCAAGAGCCCACGGUUUAAGUCUUCUUCCAGCGCUUCUGGACCCAGGCCUGGAGGACUGCUGCCCACUCCUACAGUACAAACAAGUGAGAAGGGGCCAUCUCUGCAGAAACUUAAAGAGAAUGUGUUGGAUAUGCUCUGCGAGAUUCCUGAAGGAGUGAACAUCGCCAAAUUCCUCAGCACCUACAAGCGUCACUAUGGUCGGCAGCUUGUCCUCUCAAAUUAUGGCUUGGCUGGCUUUCAGGAUCUGAUCACUGCCUUAGGGGAUCAAGUAUGUGUCGAGAGGAUUGAAGACCGAAAUGUCAUCAGAAUUGCAGGAGUUGAUCAUCAGCAGCAGAAUCCCUUCUUUGAUCAAGACAUGGAGUCAGUUCGACAGGACAUCAUAGAGCUGGUCAGGGGAUGCCCAAAGGGCAUCCCGGCGAAAAAGCUGGCGGUUUCCUACAGCCAGAAGUACAAGCGGAACUUGACCCUCAGCACGCUCGGAUUCUCCAGCCUAGCCAAGCUCUUGGACUCCAUCGCAGAGCUGGUCGUGCAGGACGACGUGGUUUUCCACCGAUCGCACAGGAUGAAACCACAUGUGACUCCUCCAUUGGCUCCCACACCUCCCGCGUCGAUUACCCCUCCACUGCCCAAGACUCAUGCAGCUCCUGCCACUGGCGCUGCACUACCAGGUAAAGACCCCCAGCCGGCAAUGCGUAUGGCCCACCCGAUGUUUGGCACGGGCCCGAUGCCCGCCAGUACCGAACUGACCCAGGAACAGCUGCUGGUUAAGGUCCAAGAGGUGGUGAGGCACUUCCCGGUGGCGGCCACGUCCAUCAUCCAGCUACAGAACAGCUACUUCCUCCAUUUCGGCACGCCGCUGCCCAUGAGUCUGUACUUGCCUCUGUACAACCGCUUGACUCAAGCACCGCUGGCGCCAGCAGCAACAGCCUCAAAGCCAAUGGAAGCCAAUGGGGGAGCAGAACCCUUGAGCUCUUUAGCAACACCAGAGGGCAGCAGGAGGGUUAGCCCCGUGGCCUGGGCCGGUCCGAGCUCCGUGAGCCGGGUGAGGGACACGCCGUCUCCCCUCAGGGCGGCCUCCCCGCUGGUCAAGCAGCCCCAGGAGGCCUCCCUGCCAGACGGCCUGGCCAGCGGCGACUUCCCCCCGCUUGGGGCCGCGGUGGCGGCGAAACCGUCCAAGGCCGAGGAGCGGCGUCUGCAAGCGGCAGCGAUCCGUGAACGGGACCGGGACAGCUCGAUGGCGUUCCAUGACGCCUACCACGCCCAGCUGAGGGAGCGACACGCCGCCAACGUCCGCGCCGCUGAGGCCCUGGAGGCGUUCGAGGGCGGUGGCAGCCGGGAGCGUCGCUCGAGAAAGAACAUGAGCGCCACUGAGGUGGACAGCCUGGCCGAAGACGUCAUCAGAUCCCUGGCCACUAGAGGAGAACUGGUCACUGUGGAGAGGGUUGUGAGUCAGGUGUGUGAGUACUUGCAGAUCCCCUCCCUGCAGUCCAUGAGGAUUUAUCAUCGGGACUUACCUGCCGUGAACAACCUGCAGCGUGCCAUCAAAGAGGUCAACAUGUUCAUUGAGGCCAUGAACGCAGUGUCUGCCGUGUGCACGCUGUACGAGCUCGGGCAGGCCUUGGCCGGACUGCAGAACAAGAAGCGUUUCGAAGAGCUCCACCUCGGCCCCCUGUGCAAGAACCCGCUCAUCCACAGGAUGUUCAAAGUGGACGCCAACACCAAGGAUGAGGACAUACAGCCCAUCGAGACGGUGGACAUUUUGAGGAGUCUCCAAGCAUACAGGAAAAAAUCCAAAGGUGUCAAGGUGGACCUUGCUGAGUUCAUGAAACAUCUUGCUGACCAGUACAACUGUGAUACUCCUUAUGAACUGGGCAUUCGCAUUCAGGGCCUUGGGCUACCCAUUUCGACGCUGCAGAGGGCGACCCUGACCAUGCACGCCUUCAUGGACUCGGCCAGAGAUCGGGUCCAGGUGGAACUGGAGCAAGAGGUCCAGGAGAAGCUGUGGAAGAUCAAGAAGAGCAUGAUGGACCCGGCAGAAGGACAUCUGCCCUUAACCUCCUCGACCAGCAGCCGCGAGCUGAGGAAGAAGUACGUCGGUAUGACCGCAGCCGACGCCGUGGUGGAGGUCUUCAUUAACUCGGAGGGCAUCUUCAGUGCCACUAUGACUAAGCGUGUGCAGGCCUUCCUGUCCUACGUGAAGGACGACCGUCUCGCCAAGAACCUGUUCCAGCUGGCCAUCUGCUGCGGAUCUCUGGAGCUCCCUAAUGACCUGCCCGCCAGUGAGAGAACCCCGCAGAACGACAAUAAGAAGAAAAAGAAGAAAGAGGAGGAUGAUGACAGCAUCUCAGUCAUGGCUCCCUCUGAAACCUCAGUGCUGCAGUUGUUCCAGGAGCGCGUGUCCAAGCUGUGUGGCGUGCCCACGCUCGGCUACCUGUCUGAUCUGGAGAAGAAGAUGGCCGAGCACUUCAAGGUCAAAGCCUUCCCCGGGCUCGCGCAGGGGAGCUUCCUAGAGUUCCUGGUCAAGAACUCCGAGUCCCUGCAGCAGGCAGUAGGGGGCUCCAUCCUCAUUGGCAGCACUAGCUCCAGUGUGUGCGGCUUCAGACCCAGCCAGCAGGACGUGUUUGAGUUCAUCACCCAGUGCGGCGACAUCGACCCGGCCAGAUUGAAGUUCAUCGAGGCAUCUCUAAGGAGUCACUACGGCCUGCGGGACAGCAGGGAGCUGGGGUACGGCCCGCUGACCACGCUCCUGAACAUCGUCCAGCGCCAGAGAAGCCUUGGCGGCCCGCUGGCGCCCAGUGUUGUGCGAUACGAGGCCCCACUGAUGCCCAAAGUGACUGGGGAGCGGGCAGUGGGAGAGUCGGUGGGGGUUCUAGGGGACGUGCGUCGGGAGCAGGCCGUGUCCUGCCUGCUGUCGGCCCCUCUGCUGGAGGAACUGGAGCAGUGGAGCCUCUGGGAGUCAGUGUUCCUGCCCAGCCUCGGACCCCUCAAGGAGUUCAUUGAGAGACACUGUGCCCAAACUGACCUGAUGGCCCUAGAAGUGAAGCCAGGCGUGCUGCUACGGGUCACCAGAGCCACAGGCGACAAGCUCUUUGCAGACGCCGUGCAGGCCCUGGACGCUGUGGGCACAGCUGGCCACCUGGUGUCCGUCGUGGUGGCUGAUGGGAUAUUGAACGCCCCCACAGCCCUCCUGGCCAAUCACAUGGAGAGCUCACUGGCUGCAGCUGUAGCAAGGGAAGACUCCGCUCAGUUGGAAGAUGGUCAAUCUUACAGCACAGUGUCCCAGUUUGUUCUUGAGUGCCUGGUCCGAAUCCCCACACGAAUCUGCACAGCCCUACUGCAACAGAUCUUCCUGGAGCCCCUCUCUAAGGUGCUGGGCCAGUCCAUGUCCAAAACCGUCCUCCUGGAACGCGCCCGGUCCGAGCCACGCUACCUCAACCGGCUCCACCAGAUGGGCGUCCUCCUGGGCAUCACCGAGUGGGCCAGGGACUACCACUCCAAACUGGACUCUCCCAAAGCCCCAGACGCUCUCCCCCACCAACAGCAGUCUGUGGUGUCCAAUGGGCUGAGUGCUGGAGUGUCUGAGGACGGCCUGUCUGACAGGGAUGACCCAACAGAGGAAGCCUCCGCCCCUCAACUCAAUGGCAUUGACCGCUCAGACUCCAGCAGUGACAGCGAUAAGAACGACAGUGACGAGGAACUGGUCUCCGAUCAGUCCAGCGACCUGAGCCCUCCCGAGGAGAUCGAGGAGACCCCUGCCGAACUGACUGCAGGUCAGCUAGCUGAAUCGGCGUCAGCGGCAGCAUCAGAAGUAGAGGAGCCAGACGAGCAGCUGGAGCCGUCUAGACUGAGCCUGCAAAGGGCCGUCAUUGAGGACAUCAGGCGGAAUGAUUUCGGGGUGGGCGUGGAGCUGAAUGAGGAGGGCCAGCGGCUGAUGCAGGUGCACCAGGAGCGUCUGGGCCGCAGCCUGCAGCGCCUCUCCACCGAGCUCUACAGCAAAGACACCCACUUCGUCCUGGAGCUCAUUCAGAAUGCCGAUGACAACAGCUACCCCUCAGCCGAAGAUGUGCAGCCAUCGCUGGCCUUCGUCCUCGAUAAGGACUGCAUCACCAUCCUGAACAACGAGUGCGGCUUCCAGGAUAAGAACGUGCGGGCCAUCUGUGACGUCGGCCAAAGCACCAAGGGCAAACACACCUACGGAUACAUAGGGCAGAAAGGAAUCGGGUUCAAGUCGGUGUUCAAAGUGACGGACUGCCCCGAGAUCCACUCCAACGACUUUCACGUCCGCUUCGACAAGAACAGUGGCCCCAUGGGAUACAUCCUGCCACACUGGGUCGACGAGGAGCGUCCGGUGACUGCAAACGCCCCAGAGAUCUGUCACAAGAGCUGGACCACCAAGAUCCUGCUGCCUUUGCGCUCCGAGAGCCUCCAGACCAGGAACCUGUUCCGUGACGUCCACCCCUCUCUGCUGCUCUUCCUCCAUCGCCUGCGCUCCAUCACAAUCUUCAACCAGACGGAUGGGCGUCUGGUGACGAUGAGUCGGCAGGACCUGAGUCACAACAUCCUGGAGGUGCGGCACACAGGUGGCCUGGAGCGCUGGCUCGUGGUCAAGAGCAGGCUCCACCCCAAGAAGAUUAAAGAGGAGGUGGAGUCCACGGAGCUGGCCAUGGCCUUCUGCCUGAGUGACGGCUCGUCAUCGUCCUCGACCGACGCCCCCUUACAGCCACGCCAGCAGAACGUCUUCGCCUUCCUGCCGCUGCGCAGCUUCGGCUUCCGCUUCAUCAUCCAAGGGGACUUUGACAUCCCGUCGUCUCGUGAGGACGUGGACAGGGACAGCUCCUGGAACCAGUGGCUGCGCUCCAACCUGCCCCAGCUCUUUAUGGAGGCCAUGGACGUCUUCAGCAAACACCCAGAAUUCAGCGGGCUGAAAGGACUCUGCUACUUUCUGCAGUUCGUUCCACUUCCUGACGAGAUCCAAGACUUCUUUAAACCGGUGGCCAAUCAGAUUCUCCAGCUCCUCAAAGGCCGAGCAUGCCUUCCUGCCAAAGAGGGCCGAGAUGGCAAGGUGGCGUUGAAGCAGCCAGUCUGAGCUGGCCGUGUGUCCGGACCCCGUCGUCCAGGAGGUGGUGGGGGCCGAGGAGCUGGACAAGCACCUGCGCCUGGCUUACCUGCACCCGCUGCUGCAGGCC